AUGCAAUGAGUUCGAUGUGUGACUAUCACUCUCCCUCACCUUGAAAAAUCAGGAGCGGAUUCCUUCAGGGUGUGAACACAGUGUUGUUGUUAUGAUGGGUACUCGGAACGUGUUGGUUUUUGCUGUUGGGUUGUUUCUUGUGCUGAGCUUUGCUGCAGCUAGCGGCAGUAAACAUGACGACAACCAUGAGCUGAUGAUCGGGGGGCUGGACAUCGACUACAAGUGCCGGCCCGGGAACUAUACCACCACCAAGGACAAGGAGCUCACGCAGGUUGCUCUGAACUUGGAGUAUUUCGAAGCGGAGUAUUUCUUGUGGGGAGCUUACGGCUAUGGUUUGGACAAGAUUGCUCCCUACUUGGUCGAUGGCGGUCCCCCCCCCAUUGGUGCUCAGAAGGCCAAUUUGGACGCUUACUAUACCGAUAUCUACAUUCAGAUGGGGCUUCAGGAAGUUGGACAUCUCAGGGCGAUCAAGAGAGCUUUGGGUGAUCCUCCCAGGUGUGCAUUCCCUCGCACUCAGCUGGACAUUAGCAAAAAGACCUGGGCCGAUACGAUGGACAAGGCGUUCCUGCAGACUUUCGGCGAGAAGCUGAACCCUCCCUAUGAUCCUUAUGAAGACAGCUUGAAGUACCUCAUCUCCACGUACACCAUUCCCUACGUUGGGUUGACGGGAUACGUCGGCGCUAACCCCGAGUUGAAGGGAUACAAUGCCAAGAAGCUUGUGGCUGGUUUGCUGGGUGUGGAGUCGGGUCAAGACGCUAUCAUUCGCACCGAAAUGUACCGCCAGAAGAACAAGAAGGUCAGCCCGUACAAGUACACCGUGGCGGAUUUCAGCAACGCCAUUUCCAACUUGAGGAACAACUUGUCCCACGCUUUCGUUGACGAAGGAUUGGUGGUGCCAAAUGAGCUGGGUGCUGAAAUGAUGGUGACUGGUAACAUAUUGUCUGCUGACAACGACUCUCUCUCCUACCCUCGUACUGCCGAGCAGGUGUUCGAAACUGUUUACGGGACCGGAGAUGCUUCCAAGCCCGGAGGCUUCUAUCCCAAGGGCUGUCAGGGUGUCAUCGCCGCGAGUUACCUUGAUUAGAGGAUUAGAGGAUUCGCCUGCGAUUCGUUGAAUCCAGGACGGAUGUUGAAUAGUGUUGAUCUAUGUUGUUCAUUUGUUGGAUCUGAACUGUGAAGAUUGUCGAAUUGUGUAGAAUUGGAGAAUAAAUUGUGGUGAUGAGCAUGUACAUACACUACGAAUGCAGCAGAUUUGCGGCAGUUUUUCAGUUCAAUGAAAUUGGGUGUGUUACAUUGUAA